AUGCCUAUUACUGAUGAUGAAAAGGCCUUGGGCAAGGACAAGAGUGAUAUCUACGCUGUCAUCGCCAAACUCAUAUUUGCAAAUCACACCAAAUAUGGCCCUGCAUAUCAUCAGAAUCUGAAGAAAUUUUGCAAUUCAGUCACAAACCACAUUGUGGGUCUCAAAACCAAGUAUAUGAAGCUCAAGGCCAGAUUCACUGCUGGUGCUGGUGUACUGCCCAGUAGUGGUCAUCUGUUGGACUCCAAGAGAUCUGAGACAACCAAGACUGAAGGAUCUGAGAUAGGGAAGGGAAUACUUACCUUAAAAGUGUCAGUAGAAACGCCCAAACAUCUCAGUUCUUUCAAUAUACUGAGAUGUAAGCUUUAA